AUGCCUUCCCUUCAAGACAGCAAACUGGCCUUCAUCGGCGGAGGCAACAUGGCCUCCGCCAUCAUCGGCGGCCUGGUGAACAAGGGCGUCAACAAGCAGAACAUCUAUGUGUCAGAGCCCUGGGACGUUAACCGGGAGAAACUCGCCGCCGUGGGUGUGCAGACUACAACCGCCAACACGGAGGCCAGUGCGAAUGCCGAUAUCGUCAUCAUAGCUGUUAAGCCUCAGGUUACCAAGGGCGUGUGUGAAGAGCUCGGUGCCUCCUGGUCGCAGCGCGCAACUUUGCCUGUCGUUGUAAGCAUCGCUGCUGGCAUCACUCUCAACAGUUUGCAGCAAUGGUCCCGAACAAGCGAUGGCCGCACGCCACAUGUUGUUCGUGUGAUGCCUAACACCCCCGCGCUCGUGGGUGAAGGUGCCUCUGGUGCCUUUGCCGGCGCUGAUGUGACCGCCGCCGAGAAGGAGCUUGUGAACGCUCUUCUGAGUAGCGUUAGCAAGGCUACCGAGUGGGUGGACAAGGAGGAUCUUCUCGACGUUGUGACUGGUCUGUCUGGAUCUGGCCCGGCGUAUUUCUUCGCCAUGGUGGAACACCUUGUUGCAAGUGCCACUGCCCUGGGCCUGUCUCAGGAACAAGCUACUCGUCUGGCUACGCAAACAUGCCUCGGUGCCGGAAAAAUGCUUGUCGAGUCAUCCGAUGAGCCUGGCCAGCUCCGCAAGAACGUCACCAGUCCCAAUGGUACCACAUACGCCGCCCUACAGACCUUUGAGGCACUUGGCUUCAAGGAGAUUGUCAACAAGGCUGUAAGCGCUGCGACUAAUCGGUCUGCCGAGCUUGGUAAGGCCGAAUAG